CGAGGGAUGAGCCGUUUCACAGCCUUUUCACAGCGACGGACAGCAUCGACGGUAUCUGGCCCUUCCUGCAAAGCGAAGAGGGAAAAGGAGAAAAAAUAUAGAAGAGGAAGAGUGAGGAAUUAGAGCAGACGUUGCAUCUCGUGAUUGAAAGAUAAGAAUAGAAGAGUAGAGAAGCACGAGGGAAUUAAACGCGAGUAAAAACGGACUUUCUGCAACGUUUUUCGGCUUAUAAUCCAGAAGAAGAAUCGCUGAAUGCACCAUAAAAAAAAAACAAAAUUGCACAGACAACGAAUAUGAAAAUUGUGCGAUUCAAUGAAGGUGAAGAUAUCGAUUGGAGGGAUCCAUGGCUAGCUGCGCUAUUGACUUUUCAUAUUGCCAUCACAAUGACCGCGUUAAUGACAAGGAACCACGCGAAUUUUCAGAUAAUCCUGUUUCUCGUGCUCUUACUCCUGGUUUAUUUCUCAGAAAGUAUUAACGAGGUUGCGGCGACAAACUGGAUGGUAUUUUCUAGACAGCAGUACUUCGACUCACAAGGCUGGUUUAUAUCCAUCGUUUUCUCUGUGCCUAUUUUAAUGAACUGCAUGAUCAUGGUGGCCAGUUGGCUUUAUCAAUCCAGUCAAUUAAUGACGAGCUUGAAGCGAGCUCAGUUGCGGCAGCAAGCCAUAAAUCGCCAGACAAACGGUGAGGCGACGAAUGAAAGAACGAUUGCCCGAUCUCGCCAAUCGGACGGUGAGGCGACAAAUGUGAGAACAACUGUCCGACCUCGCCAGUCGGAUGGCGAAGCAACGAACGAAGUAACGGCUGCCCGGCUGAAACACGAGUGAAGAUCCGAAAAUCUAGUCAUAACACGCGGCGGAACGAGAGUGCAAGACAUAUGUGCUAUUUAAUUUAAGGACAAGAGAGAAUUAUAUUUACGUCGACUUACAGCUAGAUUUCACAGAGCGUUAUGUAUUUUUAGCCAUUGUCGACUUAAUAAUCGUUCUGAACUCGACCGUGAAACGCCGAUUAGCCAGUUUGAUAUUACACGCGAAAACUUGCGCAACAGAAAAGGGAGGGGAAAUAAAUAAAACAAUACAUCGGUACAAUCGGAACGAUAAUGCACGUCGGAGUUGCCUAGUCAAACUCUCCGUUAGAACGUACCUCCCGAUAUCGUGCCGUAUUACACACAACGAUUUUAUGGAAUUAACCCAUUUGAUAUGCGAAACGCAACUGGAUUGAUGACAGAUAAUCGGUCGUGCUACGAACAAUAACUACGCAGAAGGAGCAUGACAAUGCAGCAAGCCACGUGCUUGUUCUUGUCUUAUUAUUUAAGGCCAACUUCGACCAAACUGUAAUCAUAACUAUCAUUUUUUUAGCAACUGUAAUUAAAUUAUCUAUUUAAUCAGUGACUAAUUGCCUAGCAGAAAAAUAUCCAACUGUAUUAUACAAUUAGCAUAGCAUCUGUGACCUUUAAUUUUUUAACGUGUAGUGGAAAUGAAAAAAAAAGUUAAUGAUUUUGCUUAUGAGCUAAAUUGCAUUUAAUACAUUCAUCAUAAUACCGCCGGAGGCAAUUAAUCGCAGCUUGGUCGAGGUCGUCCAUAAAGAACAUUCCACUAGUUUAUUCAUAUUGUUUUGAUAUUCAGACACUGAUCAUGAAAAUCAAAGUGUUCUUAAUAUGUGUAAUUAACGUACUUAUUACAUAAAAUAGCGCAAGCACGUCACUUUCACUGUAAUAGCUCCGCUGUAAAGAGACAUAAUGUAUUAAUUAAGGACCCAGAUAACACAAUAACAUCUGUGUGUAUGUGUGUAUGUGUGUGUGUGUGUUUUGUGUGUGUGUGUAGCGAGGGAAUUUUGCGUGAGUUUUGCAAGUAUAAGCAACAGCCUUCCACGACUACGAGUCGUGCUUCACGAUUUUGACGAAGGAACAUAAGAUGUGCCAGGGUGUGAUGUGUUAUAUUGUUUUCAAUUGUAUAUUGUAUAUUGAUGUAAAUCAAAGCGCAUUACUUUGCCGCCUUUAUAUUUAAUAUAACGCGUUUAAUCAUUUUAAGAUAAUAAAAGAGUAUUUGUUCAUACAAA